ACAACGGUUGCAUUUGAAAACCUUGGCGGUGCAUUCCCUGAGCAGUGUUGUAUGCAGGAACUCGUUUUGGUAGCACGUCGUUUUUAAUCCUCUUCCCGAUCUAAGGGGUUUACAUUUUAGUCCCGUAUAGUUAUUGGAGAGCUGUACUUGUUGGAUUUGAAUUAUGCAGAAUAAAGAGAAUCGCGAGCCCAAGGGUCCAACAGGGCUUGUUGCAGGACCUCAGCGAGUGGAGAUAAGUCAUGCUUCAGACAGCUCAAAUAAGAAUAUCAUCACGGGUCCAGGAAGAGUGCAAGCUAGUUCCUCCUCUCAAAAGAGGUUAACUAUAAAAGAUUUUGAUAUUGGUCGUCCACUUGGCAAAGGAAAGUUUGGCAAUGUGUACCUGGCACGCGAGAAGAAGCUGAAGGUCAUUGUGGCUUUGAAAGUGCUUUUCAAGUCCCAGAUGGAAAAGGAGGGAGUAGAACAUCAGCUCAGGAGAGAGAUUGAGAUUCAGUCUCACCUCAGGCAUCCCAAUAUUCUCCGUUUCUACAACUACUUCCACGAUUCGGCACGAGUGUAUCUGAUCCUGGAGUAUGCUCCAAGGGGGGAAAUGUACAAGGAACUUCAGCGCUGUGGACGCUUCGACGACCAACGCACUGCCACGUACAUGGAGGAGCUGGCAGAUGCUUUGCAGUACUGCCAUGAGAAGAAAGUCAUUCACCGCGACAUCAAACCAGAGAACCUCCUGUUGGGUUUCAGGGGAGAGCUGAAGAUCGCUGACUUUGGAUGGUCUGUCCAUGCUCCUUCUUUACGGCGUCAGACCAUGUGUGGAACCCUGGACUACCUGCCCCCUGAGAUGGUGGAGGGGCACUCCCACAAUGAGAAGGUGGACCUGUGGUGUAUUGGGGUUCUGUGCUACGAGUGCCUUGUGGGGAACCCUCCAUUUGAGUCCGCUAGCCACUCAGAAACCUACAAAAGGAUCACAAAGGUUGACCUGACGUUUCCCAAGGUGGUGUCUGAUGGGGCUCGGGACCUGAUCUCGAAGCUGCUUCGCCACAGCCCCAUGAUGCGUCUGCCCCUCAAGAACGUCAUUGAUCACCCCUGGGUGAAGGCCAACUCCCGACGCGUCCUACCUCCUGUUUGCAACCCCCGGGUGGAGGGUGUUUAAAUUGUGUUUGGGGAGACUGUUUUUUAUUUUUGACUCAUUUAAAUGCCCUGGCCUGUGCUGUACUAUAUAAACUGGGAUUCUAGCCUCGUGUUAACGUGUGGAUACAUACUCCCAAGGCUCAGGAGCUUUGAGAGCUGCUCAGGCUGCCAUUACAGCCACAAUAACUAAUGUAUGGUGGUUUGGAAGGUGGUUGUGUUUGUGGGUACCCCUUUGAGGUUAUUUUUUUACAAGGCUGACUUCAGUUAUUUGCUCUUUCUUGGCUUGCUAUAAAGAAUAUCUUACGAAGGGCUCCUUUUCACUGAUUUUUCAGUUUUUUUUUUUAUUUUUUAUUAUUGUUUUUAAACUAAAUAUUUGAGUUGUAUAUCACUGCCAUGUAGAUAUCUUUUAAAACCCACAACCAUGUACAAUUUGUACAUACGUCUUUUGUGUGUAGAAUACCUGUUGUGUCAACGAGUAUGGGAUUGGUUUUGUUCAGUUGUACGUGUCUUUUUCAUGUGUACCGUUUGUGGAUUAACGUUUGAAUAAAAUAUAGUGUCCUACCUAA